AUGUCUAACCACCGUAAUCUGAAAGAUUUAUUUCCAACUAAACUUAAUUUAAUUAAGCCCAAGCCUGUAAGAUAAUAAUUAUAAUAAGGAAUUAUAAAAUGAUCGUUCUAAACAAAUUAAUAAAUCUCCAUUAGGAUUAAGUUAAUUUGCAAGUUUCUUCUAAAUAGCUUAAAAAACUACUAAAAAUAGAUAAACACCUUCUUCUUAGAGAAGUGUAACUCCUACCAAAGUUAAAAUCAUUUAAUUGAAUAUGCAAAAAUAAAAUGAAUCACAUUUACAAAUUUAAUCAAAGCAUUUAAGGAAUUAGAGUGCAACAAAUAUUAAUAGUAGUAGAAACAAUUCAUUUCAUAAAGGAAAGUAGGAGUAUUUAAAUAAUGCAAGUUCUCGUGGUUCAAUGUUUGCAUUAUCUAAAUUAAUGUCAUAACAUAAUUAAUAAGAUUCUUAAAUACAAUCACAGAAUCGAUCUAAAGAUCAAUCACCUAUUAAACCAGCUAUUUUUGAGAAUCUAGAUAUUAUAAAUAGAAACACUGUUAGAAAGAAUUCUAGAUCUCCAAAUACUACAACAAAAAUUAUAUCUCCUUUUCUAUAUCCUAAAUUUUCCAGUGCUCAUUAAAUUUAACCACAAGAUAACUUUAUCAAUUAUUAAAACAGUCUAGUUAAAGAAAAUAAGCCAAUUGAAAAAGGAUCUCAAAUCAUAAAUGAAGUUCCUUAAAUUCAUAAAUAAGAAUUCUUAAUGCCUAGUUAAUUUAAAUACUCUAAAGGUUUUGAAAAUCUAUUGAAUUCAAUGAUGAAACAUUAACAUAAUUCUAGAUAUGAGAAUUCUAAGAGCAUAGUCAAAUAACAAGAAAGACAAUAAUCAAGUGAUGAUGAUGAAGAAACUUUAAUGGUAGAUUGCAAUAUUCAAGUGAACAAGAAUAGUUUUCAAUUUCAUUAUGUAAUUGGAAAGGGUGGAUUUGGAAAGGUUUGGAAAGUUGAAAUAAAGAAAUCUAGACAAUUAUAUGCUAUGAAGGAAAUGUCAAAAGCAAAAGUAAUAGCCAAAAGAAGUGUUAAUUCAGUAAUGAAUGAAAGAAAUCUAUUGGCUUAAUUUAAACAUCCCUUUUUAAUUAAUAUGAAUUAUUGUUUUCAAGAUAGAGACAAUUUAUAUUUGGUUAUGGAUUUAUUAACAGGAGGAGAUUUAAGAUAUCAUAUAGGGAAAAUGAGAAGAUUUAAAGAACACUAAACUAAAUUCUUUGUAGCUUGUGUUUUAUUAUCAUUAGAAUAUUUACACAACAAUAACAUAAUACAUAGAGAUCUUAAACCAGAAAAUUUAGUUUUGGAUAAAUAUGGAUAUGUUAGAUUAACAGAUCUAGGAAUUGCAAGAAUCUGGAAACCUGAAAAUUCAUAAGAUACAAGUGGCACUCCUGGAUAUAUGGGUAUAAGAUUUAUAUUAAAUAUUUUAAGCUCCUGAAGUAAUGUGUAGAUAGAAUCAUACAAUAGCAGUAGAUUACUUUGCUCUUGGGAUCAUGGGUUAUGAAUUUAUGUUAGGAAGAAGACCUUAUAAUGGAAGGUCAAGAUAAGAAAUUAGAGAUCAAAUCCUCACAAGAUAAGUUUAGAUUAAAAAAUCUGAAGUUCCAAAUGAUUGGUCAUUUGAAGGUGCUGAUUUUAUAAACAAAUUAAUAUAAAGAAAACCAAUUAAUAGACUUGGUUUUAAAGGACCAGAUGAAGUGAAAAAUCAUCCUUGGCUUAGAAACUUUCCUUGGUAAAAACUCUUAAAUAAAGAAAUCUAAUCUCCAUAUAUUCCAACUGUAUAAAUAUUAUUUUUAUUUAGGAAAUUGAUGACAAUAUUGAAUAUUUAAAUUAAAUUAGUGAGGAUAACGAAAGUCAGGAUGAUUUGAUCAGAGAAAAUAAACUCUUAUUAAAGAAAAACUCAGUUUAGAAUCUAUUUAAUGGCUAUAGUUAUGAAAAAAAUCUCUCAAAAAAUACAAAAAGCACUUCUAGCACACUUUUUUUAGGAUGA